AUGGGAGUUCCAAGACUAUUCAAAUGGUUAUCCGAGAGAUAUCCAUGUAUUGUUACCUCGCUAACCGAGGCUACUAUUCCUACAGUUGAUAAUCUGUAUCUUGAUAUGAACGGAAUCAUUCACAACUGUACUCACAAGGACGAUGAGAUUAAAUCUCAACUCACUGAGAAGGAAAUGAUACUCAAGAUUUUCCGUUACAUUGACCAACUUUUUCAACUGAUUAAACCUGCCAAAUAUUUCUUCUUGGCAUUGGACGGAGUGGCACCAAGAGCCAAGAUGAAUCAACAACGAUCGAGACGUUUCAGAAAAGUGCACGAUGAACAAGAAUUACGUAAAAAGUUGGAACAGAAGGGAGAAGUUGUGGCUCCGAAGGACAAUGUGUUUGACUCCAACUGUAUCACUCCUGGUACUGAGUUUAUGGCUAAAUUGAGUGAACAUUUGAAAUACAUGAUUCACAGCAAGAUGAAGAACGAUAUUAGAUGGCAAAAGUGUCAAGUUAUAUUAUCUGGGCAUGAAGUUCCAGGUGAAGGUGAACACAAAAUCAUGAACUUUAUUAGAGGAAGAAAAAUGCAAGACGAUUAUUUACCCAACGAAAGACACUGUUUGUACGGCUUGGACGCAGAUUUAAUUUGUCUCGGUCUAGUCACUCACGAGCCUCACUUUAUGCUUCUUCGUGAGGAUGUGUUCGAACAAUUUAGACAGAAAGAUUCAAAGGACAAGAAUAAGCCAUUCGCUGAAAAAUUUCACUUGUUACAUUUAUAUGCAUUAAGACAAUAUUUAGACUUUGAAUUUAGAGAAGCCUUAACUGGCCAAAAUUUGCCGUUCCCAUACGACUUGGAACGUAUUGUGGAUGACUUUGUAUUUUUCAUCUUUUUCACUGGAAAUGAUUUUCUUCCUCAUAUGCCAACUCUUGAUAUCAAAGAAGGAAGUAUCAAUACCAUGAUUGAAAUCUACAAAAAAGUUCUUCCAAAACUGCCUGGAUAUUUAACUGAACUAGGGGAUGUGCAUUUGGAUCGUGUUGAACAAUUUGUGAAAUCUCUCGCUGAACAAGAAGCAUCUAUGAUGCAACAACGAUUUAACAAUAGAAUGAGAGAAAACAGAAGAGCUAGAAAGAGAAGAGCAAAAUUGGUGACCAUCGAUUCUGAAGGUUUUGUUGGUAGCUCCCAUACCUUAAUGGUUCCUCAAGUUCCACUUGCAGGCGACUCGAGCGUUGACGCAACGCCGGCUGAGAGCAAGCUCAAACAACAAGAGGAACUCUUUGCCAAUGAUGGAGAUGAAGUUGAGCAAGACAUGGGCCUCGUUGUUGGAGUUUCUAAUUUGAUGGACUUUAAUGCACCAACAUCUGGUACUUAUGGUAUUGAUGAACCUCUUGAAGAUGACGACGAUGAAGCUCCUAUCGAAGUCGAAGAAGUGAACGAUCUCUUGUUAAAAUCAGUGAAUGAGGGAGAAUUUGAUUUCACCAUGUGGCACAAGGCUUACUAUGCCACAAAGAUGGAUAUCGACUAUAGCAAUAAGGAAGCGGUUUCAAGAGUGUAUGCGAAUGAAAUUUCAUUUUCUGACCCAGGUGUUCCAUUCCGUCCAUUCGAACAGUUAUUGGGUGUGCUUCCUGAAGGCAGUGCUAAAAUCCUGCCUGAACCCUUCCGAAAGUUGUAUCUCCAAAGUUCACCUAUUUUUGACUUUUAUCCACAACAGUUUGUGAUUGAUCGUGAAGGUACACGAUAUGACUAUGAAGGAGUUUCCUUGCUUCCAUUCAUUGACGAAAAUCGAUUAUUAGAGGCGAUCAAGACCAUUGACGAGUCACUAUUGAGCGAUGCUGAGAAAAAGAGAAACACUUUUGGAAAUAAUUUAUUAUUCACCUAUGAUCCAUCUAUUAGCGUGACUUGUAACACUACCAUUGUCGAUGAGUUACCAAGCGUGAUCGACUCGCAUGUGAGAGAACAAGUUAUUGAAUUGCCCAAGUAUGAAAAAUUCCUUCCGCAAUUAUGUAAGGGAGUGAAAAUGGGAAAACACAAUUUGGAAGGAUUCCCAGUGCUUGAGUGUAAACAUACCAAAGUCGAGGAGAGAGAUGUUGGUAUAGUACUUUUUGGUCAACCAAGCAGAAAGCCAAGCUUAGUUGUUAAUUUGACUCCUCAAUAUUCCAAAGUCCAGGCCAUGGAUGAAGAUUUCCUGGUUCAGGAAUCCAUCAGAGUCGCGCAAAGCUUAAGAAAUUUAAUUGGAAAGAGAGUAUAUGUUGGUUACCCAUAUCCAAGAAUUGGUAUUUUGUCGAGUAUUGCUGAUGAGAGAGCAAGUUACUAUGACGAAAAAAGUGAAGGAGAACCUCAUGACGAGAGAGACAUUGACCAAUUCAGAAAAGAAUACUCCUAUCACAAGAACGUGCUUCUGAGAAGAUAUGGACUCGAUGUUGGAAAUGUGAAGGUGUUGGUGUUUAUUAAAUUAUUCAGAGGAAUGAAGAGAGACAAGCACGGAAUCAAAAAGUCAUUCCACAGAGACGAGUUUGCCUAUCCUGCGUCCUUGUUAAUGCUACAAGCGGAAUACCAUCCAACUCUGGAUCAAAGGUUUAUGGAAGUUGGACCUCAAGCGAUUGAGAAAGAAUACCCAAUGUCAAGCACUGUGUUGAUUUUGGGAGAACAAAAUUAUGGGUCUCUUGCCAAGGUCUCAGGGUAUGAAAAGAACCUUCUCAAGGUCACUAUUUCUGAUCCUUACUCAGAUACUGAGUCCAAGCCUGUAUAUCCAAAAGAGAGCAUUGAAAAGUUUGCCUCUGAAAAGUACUAUCCAUUCCAUGUGGCAGCCAAAAAGCUACAAAUCUCAAAGAAAGCUCUUGGCUUGAUUGUUGGAUCAGUUCGACUUGAGCUUCCAAAUGGAAAAUUAACUCACAACCUUGGUCUUUCGUUAAGAUCUAAAAAGUCAACCAAGAGAGUCGUUGGUUUUUGCAAGUGUGACUACAAUGAACAAAAUCUCGAUGAAGGAUACUUCCUUAACUUUGACACUGCUGCCAACCUAUUUAGCAAACCUUCUUCAAGCAAAUUCUCAGUGGGAGGAACAUUUGGAGAUUGGGAACUUUCUGAUAAGGCUCUUACUCUUAUUGGUAACUUUGCUCAACAAUUCCCUGAUUUUAUUGAAAAGCUUGGAACAGAUCUUCCUUUCACAUGUGACAACUUUUUCCCUUGCAAUUUGAAAGAUAGCGAACGGGACAAGUAUUACCAAGAGAAGGUGGCAGAAAUCACCAACUGGGUUGCAGCUCAAGAAUAUCAUACUUUACCAUUUAUUGACAUUGAAAAAGACGUUCUACCAGUCUCUGUCAUGAAAGAAAUUGAACAGGCAGCCAUUGAAUUCUGCAAUCAAAAGAAGACAUCUAGUGUGGCUCAAUCCAUGGUUAUUGACCCAUCUCUUGUUCACAAGCCAGAAGAUCCUUGUCCAAACCUAUUCUAUGUUGCAGAUUUUGCAUUGGGAAAUCGUGUCUUGCAUAUGAGUGGAUCAGGAUCUGCUCCGUUUGGUACCAAGGGAAUCCUUGUUGGUAUUGAUGGAGAUAAUGGACAAGUCAUCUUUGAUGAAGAAUUUGUUGGAGGAUCAACCUUUGGAUCUCGUUUGCAAACAAGCAGAGGUGGAAUUGUUAGUUUGAAAACUCUUGCAAACUUGGAUCAUAAAAAGUAUGUGAAAAUUUGGGAUGACAACAGCAGACAACGAUCCUUUGAUCCAAAGACCAAGAUGGAAUAUACCAAACAACACUACUUUACUACCUCGAACUACAAUUAUGAUUUACCAAAAUCAAGUCCAAGCACUCCUACAACAGGUAAUAAUGGCAACUUUGAAAAGGCUCAAUCUAAUCAGCAAAAGCCAAAGCAACCUUAUAACAAGCAACAAGCUGGAACUUCAAACAUCAAUAAGAAGGGUAAUCAAGGAGGAACCAACUUUAAGAUUUUGAAAGAGGUCAACAAUGUCGAUCAACAAGUAGCUCAAUUCCAACAAAAGCAAAAACAAGAAAGACCACCAAGAAGUGCUCAACAGGAGAAGAGACAACCACAGCAACAGCAAGAUCAGAAACAGUUCAGUGGUAGCGGUCGUGUUCUAGGCUCAUCUUCAUCAGGAACAACUGAGGCUUCUCCAUCCACGACACCCUUGUCACAAACAAGCGGCACUUCACCGGCCACCUCAGACAAUGUGAAUUUGGCCUCAGACGACUUUAAUCCUUCUGCCAUUUUUAAGACUGCAAGAGAAAAGCACAGACAGAACAGAAAUCAAAGGCCAGAAGACUAUCUUUCAAAAUUGAAACAGGAUUUUAAUCAACAAAAAUAA